GUGGUGUUGACUCCUCCCACAGGAGGGAAUUCCUGAAGACACUGAUGAUUUUGGCGAGUUCAGGAUGAGGGUCUCUGACCUGGUGAAGGAUGUGAUUUUUCUCAUUGGGUCCAUGGAAUGUUUCUCUCAGCUCUACUCCACACUUAAAGAAGAGAAUCCACCUUGGGAGGUCACAGAGGCUGUUCUGUUUAUCAUGGCUGCCAUCGCUAAGAGCGUUGAUCCGGUGAAUAAUCCCACCCUGACGGAGGUCUUGGAACAGGUGGUGCUGCUUCCUCAGAAUGUCCACAUGGCUGUUCGUUACACCAGCAUUGAACUGGUGGGCGAGAUGAGUGAGGUGGUGGACAGAAAUCCUCGCUUCCUCG